UCAUGUGAGCUUUGUCCAAAGAAAUUUAUAAGGCGAAUUUACCUGACAAAUCACAAACUGAGGAUGCAUGGCUUGGGAAAAAAUUUUUGUGCCAGGUUUGUGGGAAUAAAUUCAUGACACAGAAUUCCCUUAUGGCCCACAUGGAAGUCCACAAUGAGCGAAAACGAUUUGAGUGUACCUUCUGCAAGAAGAAGUUCAAGAGGAAGGAGAAGCUCAAGUAUCAUGAGAGAAUACAUACAGGUGAGAGACCAUUCCAGUGUCAGUUAUGUGUUCGUGGCUUUGUUAGCAAGACAAAGUUGGAUGAUCACGUCAGUCGCCAUCGUGGAGACCGACGGUACCGAUGUUCAUACUGCACCAAGACUUACGCUGGGGCCUGGGACUUAAAACAACAUAUUAGAAAGGUACAUGACAAACAGUGUGAAAAAGUAGCUGUUACUGUUGUUGCCUCCAACCAGGCCAUUACUGGCAACACCACACUCACUCAGGUCAGUCACAUACUAAUAUGGUGAGGUCAAUCAUAUUCU